UCUCUGGUGGAGUCUGAUAUGGCGGACACCACGGCUUCCAAGCCUCAAACCAGCGACAAAAAGGAGCGCUUGAACGGUGGUCACAAGCUGGGUGCCGGUGGUGAGGGUGGCGGUGAUGGGAGUGGUGUGGAGGAUGAGGAGUGUGAUGUGGAGGCAUGGAGCACGCUCAGCAAGGCGUUCAAGCAGGUGCAGGUAGUACUCGAUCAGAAUCGGGACCUGAUCCAGAAGGUGAACGAGAAUCACCGCUCUAAAAUCCCUGACAAUCUCGUCAAGAACGUGGCUUUAAUCGGCGAGAUCAACUGAAAUAUCUCCAAGGUGCUGGGGAUAUAUUCUGAUUUAUGGGUGAACUUCUCGGACAUUGUGAUAUGCAGGGCAUUGGUUCCUGAGCUAAUCCAAUUGGAACAUGAGUUAUUCCAGUAAUUUCGUUGAUCCCUCAGCUGUGUCUUUAACUGUGUCUGUUUGGGUCAAUUUGUGGUUGAUUGAUUUAAUAAAAUUUGGUUCAACUGUUAUGUGUUCUUGAGUCAGGGACUGUUCUGUCUUCUCUGGACUGAAUUUAUGAGUGGACCGACUUAGUAUAUUGUUAUGGUGAUGCUUGUGUCUCAAUUAUGAUGCUUAUGCUUAUUUGGUGUUUGUUUUAUCUCUUCCCUUUUUCCCCAUUCUUUUGGGGUCUAAGGAUUGUAGCUGCCGGACUGCUUUCUCUACAUUAUCUGCCCCGCAGACAUUGUAAGGUAUUUAUCCUUCUAUUCUGUUUUUUAUUUUUUAUUUUUUCCUCCUGAAAAACGUGUUUGUGCUUUAAAUUUGGUGUUUCCAUUCUUUCCAAAGGGCCUAUGGAGUAGGGGUCCUUCAAUUCUUGGUAAAAUUUGAUUGUGUUGAUUUUGUAGUCUCUGAUGCCACCCAGAAGGUUGUGAAUCAUUUAGAUGUAAAGUGGUGAACGGUAAGUUGUCAAAGUUAUUUUCUUGGUGUCUGCUAAACUUUCAAUGUAACAGAGCUUUUUGAUUUGUUACUUGUGCAGUAAUUUUUGCGUUGUUCUAGAAAAAAGAAAGACAUAUAGAAUCUCUAUUUUUUGUUGUCGUUCAAGUUGUGGAAGAUGUGGACAUUGGGAAGAAAUAGGUAUAAAAAUUAGAUGGUAGA